ACAAACUGCAGCGACCUGAGCUACAACCAGCUGCAAGGCCCGUUCCUCGCCUCGCUGCAUCUCCUGCCCAACCUCCAGCACCUCAAUCUGUGGUGGAAUCAGUUCGUGGGGCCACUCCCCACCAAUCUUAGCGCGCCUCAGAACCUCACCUACCUGGACAUAAGCCUCAACAUGCUCUCUGGCUCCAUCCCUGCUUCCUUCGCCUCCGCACACUGAGGCUGCGGGGCAUGAUUUUGUUCGGGUCCACCCUGCAGGGCUCCAUCCCUGCCUCCCUCUUCUCUCUCUCGCGCCUAACUUCCCUCGACCUCAGUGACAAUUCUCUCUCUGGCUCCAUCCCUAAUGACGUCAGCAGGCUAUCUCAACUUAGGCAACUUCGCCUGGGGUGGAACGCCCUCUGGGGGCACGUGCCCUCUGCUGUGGGCCGCCUGCUGCUGCUUGAGGAGCUUGAUCUGAGUGCAACCCCCAAGUACAACCUGUCGAGCUCACCUGACCGCCUCAACGGCUCCAUCCCUCCCACUCUCGGACUCCUCUCCCACCUCUCCUCUCUCGAGAUGGCCAACAACGACUUGGAGGGCUCAAUCCCUGAGUCGCUCUGGAUCCUCAAGGCCCUUGCCAAACUCGACCUCAGCAACAACCGAAUCUCGGGCUCCCUCUCCCCCGCACUAGGCUCUCUCUCCUUCCUCCAAACCAUUCUCCUCAACAACAACUCCCUUUCGGGCCCUCUCCCUACUUCCCUGGGGGCUUUGUGGCAACUUGAGAUGCUCGAUGUGGCGUACAAUUCUCUCUCUCGUGUCAUUUCACCUGUGCUCGGUGCUCUCCCCAACCUCGUCAUUCUCUCCAUCUGGCCCAGCAGCGACCCCCCUGGCCCCGUCUGCCCGUCGCCCGCCUCUUGGCCCAUCGCUCUGCUGCCCCUCUCCCUCUUCUGCUCGCUCUGCCCCCGCUACUGCGCUGCCUGUGCGCCAUCUGCAGGUCCACCGGUCAACAGCCCACCUGCUUUUUACGUCUCCCCUGCCCCUCCCUCUGAAGCUGCUUUCUCUCCCUCCACCACCGCCCCUGGACCCACCAAUGACUAUUUCCUCUCUCCUUACGAAGACGGCAUCUCUUCACCUCCCGCACCUUCCUACCCUGCUCAAUCCCCCCCCCACUCCAUUUCAAGCCUAACCUGCCCCCUGCUGCUCACGUCUCCACCCCCUCAUCCUCCUACCCCCACCUCCGCUCCUACUCUCCCCCAGCUGCUUCCCCCUCCCCCUUCAGACGCCUCUAACCCCAACUUGCCUCCCCCUGCUGCCUCUACCACCCCUCUCACUCUCUCCCCACCCGCCCUCCACGCUUCACGAGCCCCUCCUUCCCCUGCCGCUUCUGGCCCCCCCACACUCUCUCGAGACCUGCCAGGCCCACCCAGCCCACCCAGCCCACCCGCCUCGUCCUCUUCGCUGCCAUCUCCCUCUCCCACACUGCCUGUACCACCAUCAGCACCGGCAGCACUGGCAGCACCAGCAGCACCGGCAGCACCGGCAGCACCGGCAGCACCGGCAGCACCAGCAGCACCACCAGCACCACCAGCACCACCAGCACCAGCAGCAGCAGCAGCAGCAGCAGUGGCAGCAAGAGCAGCAACUCUUCCAUCGGCAGCAGCACAAGUGGCUGCUGCAGCAGCACCACUGUCAGCAGUGGCAGCAAUGAGCGCCAAUCAACUCACCUCCACUGCUGCUGCCACCUCCCCUCCUGCUGCCACCUCCCCUCCUGCUGCCACUUUCAUGGAUGGUAAGGCAGCUACAGCUGGCUCUGCUGUUGUCACCACUUCACCGGAGCUGCUCUGCUGCUGCUGCUGCUCCUGGCCAUGUGAUGUGAAUGGAAGUUAUGGGUGAAGAGCAACAUGAAUGGGGUUGGCUGAGGGAGCCAUGCCCUGUACAAAGGGCUGCCUCUAUUAUGAAUAAAUGAUAGGUGUGCUGGUUAGCAAUGCGGCGUGUUGAUACUUAUUGGUGGCGUGCACGAAUGGAAGGAAUACGGUACAAUAUGGCGAUACCACUUUUGAUCAGUUAUGGGCACUGUAACGAAGCUUAUGUACAAAUCAAACGGAAGUGUAACG